AUGACUCUCUCGUUGUGGGAGCCAUUUGCAGCAAGCCAUGGUCACGAAUCACGGGCAACAGGAGAGGAGGGGGAAGCAGUGCAUAGAGAUGGAAACAUACCUCGAUACGCCACCCAUUCUCUUCCAAGGUCGGACGCAUUCAAGCAACAUUGCUGCAAUUUCCCUCCACCCGCCAAGCAUCGGGCGAAUUUACGGUCCGAGACACUGGGCCUGUGGCGCCACCGCCGUAUCGUGCAUUUCCUGUCGGCGGAUCGAGCCAUUCUGGCGUCGGAAGUGGCGAGCUCUCAUAUCCCGAGUCGCACAAUGGUCGCUGCUUAUUCGGGGUACCGAGUUAGAGUCGGAGCGAGCGUCGAGGGCCUCCGAGCACAGUACAACAGUGACGGCUAUGACUACUUUCGCGGUUGCGAGGUGCAGACCUGUCAAGAUGAAGGAGGGUAUGUGGGACGCAUGCGUAAUGAGAGCGGAGGCAUGCGGUCGACACUCAGUCAAGCCGGUGUCCGCACACGUACCUCGUCGGGAUCCCGCGCCAUCAAGCUUGAUGUUGUGAAGGCGCGAGGAGUCCAUCCAAUGCUGGGCGGUUCGUUCGUCAAUCUCGCCAGCGAGCCGCUCAGCAACAUGAGCCGGAAGACACCUCGGACUCAGACAAUUUCUCUGGAUAGCAGCCCAGUGGGAUUAGGUGUGUGCAUGAUUUGGGAGAAACCCAGGUGUUACUCAACGCCUUCCUACUGUCUAUAUUUCUGCCGCCUCUCCGAUAAGCCCCCAAAAUGGCUCUCAUCCAUAGCCGCUGAGGACAUUGCGCACACUUAUGCCACUGGUGCAUCGGCGUCCAACGAGCUCGUCAAGUAG